GUAUCUGCGCGUCUGAAGUUUUCGCCGUCACUCGCCUUCGCCUCCGCUCGAUUUAACAUUGGCUUUUAAACUACGGAAAAUGUGCGGAACCAAAUCACAAAUCGACGCUGGUCAAUAGAACUCCAGGUAUUGCAAGCAACGGCUAUUGUGGACUGUUAGCUCUGUGCCGUCAGACGUGUAAUUUGAUCAAUUGUGAUCAAAGUCACCUGUUGUGUUGUAGGAAGACUUCUGUGGCGCUGUGCGGGCUUCGAACAUGUAGUGCGUGUUUAUGUAGCUGUUUUAGUGGAGCCGCUUUUGACAUGUAAACUAAAGCUAACUUUUCAGCUUAGCUUUGACUAACUUUUUAAGGGACCGUCGUCAAAAAUGUCGAGGACGCCUGCUCUGUCGCUUUAAAUGUAAUGGGGAGCCUUGAAACCUCCGUGUUUGUAUCUUGAAAUUACUAGCGGAGUUCAGCACCAUAUUGAAACAAAGUUGCCUAAUUCUUUUGAAUGUAAAUAUUUUUUGUAACUAGUAAAACUUCAAGGCAGAUGUAACCGGAAUGAACCAGCUGUAAAGUCUUGCAUGCGAGUUUUUCCUAGCUUUUGCAGGCGACUUUUUUUUAAUGCAGCGUACGUCAAGAGACCAGGAUAAUCUUAAGAAUCUCAAGAGUUAAAACUCUGGACCAGACAUUGAUGUGAUGGACAAUCCGUCCUCAGUUAUCACCCAAGUCAGCCGGGAUGAAGAGGGCAGCACGACUUCAACCGACAGGGGUACCUCACCCACUCUGUCCACUAAGAAGCCACGAAGUAGAGGUUUCUUCUCCAUAUUCUCCUGCUGUCUGUGCCGUGACCAACAGGAGCCUCCACCUGUUAACAACAAUGCCCCCCUGCUUGUGGAGGAGAAUGGAACAGUCUCUAAGAUACAGGUGAAGCCAUUGUUGCCCCCUGCCAAGUCAAAAGACUCUGGAAAGAUCUGUUUGGUUAUAGAUCUGGAUGAGACAUUAGUUCACAGCUCUUUUAAGCCAGUGAAUAACGCCGACUUCAUCAUUCCUGUGGAAAUAGAUGGAACAGUACACCAGGUGUAUGUCCUGAAACGGCCUCACGUGGACGAAUUUUUGAAGAGGAUGGGAGAAUUAUUCGAGUGUGUUCUUUUCACUGCCAGUUUAGCCAAGUAUGCUGACCCCGUCUCAGACCUCCUCGACAAGUGGGGCACAUUUCGCUGUCGCCUGUUCCGUGAGUCCUGUGUGUUCCACCAAAAGAACUAUGUGAAGGAUUUGAGUCGCCUGGGCAGAGACCUUAACAAGGUCAUCAUCCUGGACAAUUCCCCCGCCUCCUACAUCUUCCAUCCUGACAAUGCUGUACCUGUGGCGUCAUGGUUCGACGACAUGUCCGACACAGAGCUGCUGGACCUCAUCCCCUUUUUAGAAAGUCUGAGCAAAGUGGACAACGUGUGCACAGUCCUCAAACAGCAGGCCACCUCCAGCUAACAGCGUUCCGGUCCUGCUCAAAUUUAGAAGAGGAACACAAAUCGCCAAGGUGCAACGGCAGGGAGAGCAUCACAGCUGGGUCGGAGACUCGAGUUUUGUUGAAAGUGUCAUCACUACCAUCAAGUGCUAAAGCACAAGACUGCCUUAUUCCUUCUCUGUCACAGCAAAGCAGCUGAUUUGUAAGACAAAACACAGCAGCAUAAAUUAAACUGCAGCAGAGAAGUGUCCACCACCUCAGAACAGUAUGUGGCGCCUCUGACCCUACACCAAUGCUGGGCAUGUAAAUCUGUGUCUAUGUAGAAUGGUGGGAAGAUUGUCUCACAAUAAUCUUUUUGAAGCCGGUGUACCUGUACUGUAGUUUUAGCCUUGUUUUGUCACUGCCUAAUCAUUAUUUUGUUUUUGCCAAUAACCACACUAUUGUCCGAUUUUUAGAGUGACGCCAUAUUUGAUGUUUAUCAUUAUCGUUUAACUUCUCCUUCCAAGUUGUUUGUGUAAAUAUUAUUUUGGACAAAACUUUGGGGAACAGCCCUCUCUGCCAGCCUAGUGAUUGAUAUUUGUACGUCUUAUACUGAAAUACAAACAAAAAAUGUAUUUUCUGUGAGAAUGGAAUGGAAUAUUUUUGUACAAAAUCGUCGGUAUUAAGCGGACACAACUUUGUGAUGAUAGAGCGGUUAAAUUUGAAUGUUUUGCAACAGUUACGUCUUGUGGUGAGGUUUAAGUGCAUGAAAAGGAGCAGCUGUAUUUAUGUCCAUGUCCUCUGCUUUGAAACUGGGAAAAAAAUCUAAAUGCAUUACACUGCUUGCAACCAUUGUGGAGUCAGUGUGAUUUUAUCCGCAUUCCACUUCUAUUUGAAGGUCCAACAAAGUCAAGACUAAUUACAAGUUCAAACUUUCGAAAACCUGUUUACAAUCUUGCUCUAAAAUUUGUAAUAAAAAGCUUAAUAUUUAGCGAAAUACUGCAUUCUCUUAAAAAAAUAGUAAAAAUGAACAUUCUUGAGAGAUUUUAUAGAAAAAUAUGCGUAUGAAGUUUAGGGGAAUUUCAUCGUUAACCACAAGUCGCUAUUUUGAUUGGUUCCUUACUAAAAGGAGAGACUACCCGCAGUAGUCUCCUUCAUAAAGCUAGCAUUGAUUACUUCAGCUUCAGCCAAGUAUUUUACUAAGAAAAGCAGAAUACCUCUCUGCUCCCAUUACUACUCAUGUGAUGACCAAUAUUUCUGUGUAAUGGAUAAACAGCAAUAUGAAAACAUGAGCUUGCAUCACUUCAUAGUUUCAUUGGCGUCAAUGUCACACUAGAAGUUUGCCGCGAGUUAAACGGGCUAAUUCAUGUUGGGAUUUAAAUGCUGUUUAAUCAUCAGUAUAUCUGUUGAUGUUAAACUAUGUUCUAACAUUUGGGCGAAGCUUGCCAGAGGUGCCUCUGGGUUGAUUAAUGAGGCCUUCGAAUGAAACGAGGUUUAAAAUCAUCAAAUUCUCGAUGCCAUAAAUUCGAGUCUGCUUUUAUAUUUUACUGCCUUCAUUUUGUGCUCAGUGGAAAUCUUUGCUUUCGCUUCAUGUAAAUCCUGCCUUCUGGGAAGUGUAGGAACUCGUUGGAAUUUGUUCAAUGUUGUUGCAGAGAAUUGUGAGCUGUGUUUGGUUUCAGAGUUACGCCUUGUGCAGAUUGAGGCAGUAGAGAAAUCUAGAACCAGCGCUGAAUUAAUCUGUUUAUUGCAUCCUCAAUAUAUGAAAUGGUGGCCGUGAUCACACUGCCCGCUUGACAUGAAAAUAUUCUCAGUUUCCAAUCAAAUCUUCGAUUAACUCACUCUAAUGUAAUAAUACAAAUUUGUUUUGUAACUUU